CAACACAGUACAACCACGCCCCUACUCAACAACCAAAUCCCUCCGAUAGAUAUUCUUUUCCAUACAAAGACAGACUGCCAAACAAAGACAAAGAAAGAAAUAAAAAGGAAAGAAAUGUCCAAAUCCUUCACCCCCACCGAAGUCGCAUCCCACAACACCCCCGAAAGGGGCCUGUACAUCAUCAUCGACAACGCCGUGUACAACGUGUCCGAGUUCGCCGACGAGCAUCCUGGGGGCGCGAAGAUCCUGAAGCGCGUUGCGGGGAAGGAUGCCUCGAAGCAGUUUUGGAAGUAUCAUAACGAUGGAGUGCUGAAGAAAUAUGCGGCCAAGUUGAAGAUUGGUGAUGUUAGGGAUGCGGCUAAGUUGUGAGGAUGUGAUAUGAUAUGAUGUUUUACUAUCUAUCUAUCUAUCUAUCUAUCUAUCUAUCUAUCGAUCCAGAUUACGCUACACUACACUACGUACGCUACGCUGCUAUCCUAUCCUAUAUCCUACGACGAUUCGAUACAAUCGGCUUUAAUAUUAUACCAGUA